AUGAAGAAAACAAGAAUUCGAUUUAGCAUAAAAGCAGAAGGAGUUAACCUAACAAUUUCAAAGGCUAAGUUCCAAGCCAAAACAUUUAAAGGAAGUAUUGAUACAACAAAACAAUUUAUACAAAUUGGGAUUGAAAAUUUAGGAAUAAUUGAUAUUGAAAAGAAAGAAGAAGUUUUUGGAUGUGAUGGAAAAGAAGAGUGUUUACAAAUUCAAUAUAAUUAUAGAAAAGAUUCAACCUGUAAAAUAGAUUGUAUCACGCCAACACUAUUACUUGCACCUGAAUUUAUUAAACGAUUACUUGAUUCAUUGAAAGAUGUUAUUAAGCAAUUAACUCAAAUAAUAUCAAGAAAUGAAGAAAAGAAUAAUAAUAACAAUAACAAUAAUAAUAAUAAUAAUAAUAUAUAA